CGGCACGGCGGCCGUGCCGUCGCCAGCUCCAAUCGGCGGCGGUUUUACUGACGGGGGCGCCCGCGCUUCGGCCAAUGGGAGGCGGCUUUCUUGGCGGCGGCGCAGCCCGAGUGAGCUUGAGAGGAGUCUGGCGCUGCUGAGGGGACGCGGCGCGGGCAGAGACCGAAAGAAAAACUUUGAAGAGACAGGCCGGACUUAAAGUGGAUACAGGCACACAGAUGGCAGAUAACAGUAAAGCAGAAGAUACUGCUUCAGAUUCUGUGGAGGCUGCUAAAAAUGCAAGUGACAAAAAAGAAAAGCUGGCAGAUCAGGUGAUGCAGAAUCCACAAGUCCUGGCAGCUCUACAGGAACGACUUGACAACACAGCGCUUACCCCUUCAAGUUACAUUGAAACUUUACCAAAAGCAGUGAAAAGAAGAAUUGAUGCCUUGAAACAGCUCCAGGUGAAAUGUGCCCACAUAGAAGCUAAAUUUUAUGAAGAAGUACAUGAUUUAGAGAGAAAAUAUGCAGCGCUCUAUCAACCUCUUUUUGAUAAGAGGAGAGAGUUUAUUAAUGGAGAAGCAGAACCCACAGAUGCAGAGUCAGAAUGGCACAGUGAAAACGAGGAAGAAGAAAAGCUAGCAGGAGACCUGAAAAAUGUAGUGGUAAUAGAAGAAAAAGCGGAAGCAGAAGAGACAAAUGUCAAAGGAAUUCCAGACUUCUGGUUUACUAUCUUUAGGAAUGUAGAUAUGCUAAGUGAAUUAGUACAAGAAUAUGAUGAACCAAUCUUGAAACACCUACAGGAUAUUAAAGUGAAGUUUUCUGAACCUGGACAGCCUAUGUCUUUCUCAUUAGAGUUCCACUUUGGGCCCAACGACUACUUUUCUAAUACAGUCCUGACAAAAACCUACAAGAUGAAGUCGGAGCCAGACAAGACAGAUCCCUUUUCAUUUGAAGGACCUGAAAUAGUUGAUUGUGAUGGGUGCACUAUUGACUGGAAGAAAGGAAAGAAUGUUACAGUUAAAACGAUCAAGAAAAAACAGAAACACAAGGGUCGAGGAACGGUUCGGACAAUUACUAAACAAGUACCUAAUGAUUCUUUUUUUAACUUCUUCAAUCCAAUAAAGGUAUCUGGUGAUGGAGAGUCAUUGGAUGAAGAUUCAGAGUUCACUUUAGCUGCAGAUUUUGAAAUUGGUCACUUCUUCCGUGAAAGGAUAGUCCCUCGUGCUGUGCUUUAUUUCACAGGGGAAGCUAUAGAGGAUGAUGACAAUUUUGAAGAAGGUGAAGAAGGUGAAGAGGAGGAGUUGGAGGGGGAAGAGGAGGGAGAAGAGGAGGAAGAUGCAGAAAGUGAUCCUAAGAAAGAUUCCAGCCAACCUGCUGAAUGCAAACAACAGUAAUAAGGAAAUACCACUUCAAAGUGAUAUUUGAACAACAUGUAACAAAUAUUUGGAUACCUGGCCUGCAGUUCAGGAUACUUCAUCGCUGCAGCACAAUCUUAUUAACAAUGCUUAAAAUUAAUUUGUUUUAAAAUGCAUGAUUUUCACUAACUUUUCUUUAUUGCUUAACAUGUACAGUGGCAACUUCAAUGCAUUUGGGAAAUAAGAGGUUUAAAUAAAGCACACUCUACAGCCGUUGGUACACUGUAGCUUAGUAUGUCAGUAGGCCUUUAGAGCCUUUUACCCUAUGCAUAGGGGAAUAGUCCAGACUACCAAGUGAAGAUUCUCCAUUUUCUUGUUCACCUUGAAAAUUGUGGGAUAGCAAUGUACUGAGAAGCUAAAGUGAAUGGAUUACAUGUAUGGUAGCUGAAACAGAGCAAUAUGAACUUUUUGCUAGUUCCCUCCCCUCUUUUUUAAUGUUUCUUGCAACCUACAAAUCGAACUAGUGCUUGAGCAGCUUUAAAUGUCAUAUUUAUUAUCUCAGUAAAACCAAUUGAAUUGAAGUAAUUUUACUUCAUUGAAGGGGGUGUCAUAUUUGAGACUUAGUUGUUCAUCUUACUAUUUAUUUAUUCAUGUUUGUAAGUACUUUGACAGAAUUAGUGCUUUUUAAUAGUUUUUAAUAUACUUGAAAAUAUUCUUCCUGUUUUGCAUAAAAUAUGGGUACUUGUAAAACAAAUUUUUUAAUUGGUCUCAAUGUAGUAGCCUAGGCAGAAGAAAUGAACUUACAUCAGAAUGACAACUCUUCUGGAUGAAGAUCAAAACAUAAAGGCCAAACUGUUGCUGUUGAUGGAAGUGGGUUGCAGCCAAAGAACCAGAAAAAUUCCAGUAGUCUUAUCGCUUAGUGUCCAGCAUGGAAAGACCUUACACUCUGAACACAGAAGUUUAAUGAGAUUGAAUUCAAUAAAUCUGAAGUUUUUGGUGUCUUACUUGCAACACUGAAA